AUGUUCUGGAGAUUCGAGGUCUCAGGCGAGAAGCUCAUCGACGAGGAGGAGACCGUACGCCUGGUGGUGUACAUGCUGCGGCAGUACCGGGAUGCCGUGAGCCCCCAGAAGGGAGCCGUGCAGCUCAGCGGCGGCAUCAGGUACAUGAACGUCGCGGACAAGUACAACGUUUCCAAGGAGCUGGGCAGAGGCGGGCAGGGCGUCGUUUACCUGGCCACCGACAAGGCCAACAACGGCCAGGAGGUGGUUGUCAAAAUGUACGACAAGACGAAUCAGAAGGAGGCGCAGGAGUCGAUAACGCAGAGUUCGAGCUGCUCAUGGACAUGA